UGUUCACACUGGUACUACUGUGAAGCUUCACAUAAACACAGAGAGCACACAAUGAUCAGCUGGCUGGACUUUACUCAUAACUUCGUGUCAAUUACAACCUUCUUCUUUACUAUGCUGCAGUAGUUUACCUUGUGAAUGUAUUUCAACCACCACAGCCAAACAAUGAGAGGCAUCCUGAAGAGAAAGUUCACAGAGGUAGAAGACAAUCCCUGCUACUCCUCCUCCUCCUCUUCUUCUCCUGCCUCCUCAGAAUGGGAGUCAGAUGGGGAGAGCAGCCCCUCUGCAAACAACCAGGAUGUCACACCUCACAGCUCGUCCUCACCCACCAGUUCACCCCUCCGGUCCAUCCUGAAGAGGCCAAGACUCGCAGGCUCACGGAGCAACUUGCAGUUUGACCGGGUGACGGUGUUCAGUUUCCCGCGAUGUCAGGGCUUCACCAGCGUGCCAAGCCGAGGAGGAGCCACUCUGGGCAUGGUGCGACAACACAGCAGCCUCCAGAGUUACACGAUAGCUGAACACGCUCUGGAGCAGCGGCACAGACACAGAGAGAUCCUCCGGGAGAGAGUGAGAGCAGAGAGGUUCGAGGCUCUGAAACAAAAAUUGAUCAUCAGCGGUGCCAUUGACCAGAUAGAAGCAGAGAGGCUCACGAUGGAUCAGAUCCCAGGUGGAGAUGCUGAAGUCCACAUCAGUGAUGCUGAGCUGGAGGAGGGAAGUUUCCUGCAGCCAUACUCCUCCAGACAGCGGCAGGCUCUCCUCCUGGCGGCAGGGGUGAAGCGUGUAGACCGGGAAGAGAAAAGGCAGCUUCAUGCUCUGAGAGUCUCCCGAGAGGCCUGCGGAUGUGACUGUCAGGGCUUCUGUGAGCCAGAGACCUGCGCCUGCAGUCUGGCAGGAAUCAAGUGUCAGGUGGACCGCUUUAACUUUCCGUGUGGCUGCAGUAAAGACGGCUGUGGAAACACUCAGGGACGCAUCGAGUUCAACUCCAGACGUGUGCAGACUCAUUACAUCCACACCGCCAUGAGACUGAAGCUGGAGAGGAGACUGCAGAAUGACACACUGAGCCAGGAGGACCAGGCAGGACUACAAGAGGACCUUGAGAAGCAUGUGGACCAGGAGGAGACCUGUCAGGUGCAGAGUGAACAGGAAAAUAUCUGUCCCUUUGGCUUCAGCAUGGAGGAAGAUGCCUUUCCUCUCACCAUGCCUGCAACUCCUACCUAUCAUUUCAGCCCAGAGCGUUUGGUUGAGGAGAACAGCUGCAGCAGCGACAUGACCGAGUCCUCUUCAUCCUCCUCUGACUCUGACACAGGAGGAGGUAUCAACGGGAGUCAGAGUCUACCUGGAGUCGACGAAGCAAUGUCACACUCACUCGACAUUUGUGACUCUGACAAUCAAAGUUACUCGUCGUGCAGUCAAAAGAAUCAAACAGGAGAACCAAUAUCGCUGCACAGCACCAACUCGACCAGCUACAGCACACAGACAGACAAUAUGCGACCACAGACGGACAGCACAUCAACAGUGAACACAAACAGGAACUUACUGACCGAUUACCUUGAUGAGAACGCAAACCAAUCCAGAGACUUCUUUGACGAUGACUCUCUUGAGGGCUUCCCCCGCACACCCUCCCCCACUGUGGACUAUUCCUCGGGUAUGUACAUGGACCUGAGCCUCUCCUCCGACUCGGACCUUGAGUUUUUCAACAGUGACUACACCUCUGGACCUCUGCACAGCUCUUUCAAAGCACACAGACACACAGACAGCUUUUACCAGCCUCAGCUGUUUAGCUCUGUUAGCCUGCCACAGUACGAGUCGAGCACCUACCUCCUGGAGUCUCUGAUCGGCCUGACUGAGCCAAACACAGAGCAGGUCAUCAACACUCAGCUUAUGUAGCUGAUCAGUGCAUUCUGGUGACAUUACAAGAGACUGGGUAAAAGAUUUUAAUGUAUGAAGCACUGUAUGUAUUUGUAAUAUUUUAAUGUACAAAGAACGAUUGAUGAAAUAUUUUUCAUUACUGGAUAUUUUUUCUAUUGCCUAAAAAACUGCCUUUAACCACACUUGAGAAUUAAUAUAUGUCUGUUUUUGUUUUUGUUUUUUUUAUCCCUGAGUCUUUAUAAUGAUCUCUGAAAUGCUAUUUAAUGUCUUACACCACAGCCACAGAGAAUAUGUGGAUUAGACAAAGGCCAUGCAUUACCUUCAAAGGAGUACUCUGCUCCAGUGCAGCUCUCUCAUCAUGGUUCAUUAUAAGUUCAAAUACUUGUUGUUGGUCUCAAUCUAAAUUCUCCUUUUUAAAGAGGAUCAUAUUUUUAUUUCUUUUAAGUAUUUAUUCAGAACGUCACAUUAGUAAAAAUAAUUUAAAAAAUGUUAUUCUGAGAAUUAUUGCCCAAGAUAUCAGAAUUAAAGUUCACAUUCUUCUGGCAGCUGGCCAUGGUGUAAGAGGGAUAAUCCACUUGAACUGCCUGGCUGAUUUUGAAUUGUCAGACUUAUGCUUCACAAAAUGUUUGUAAGAACUCUACCAGAGUAAAACUAAUAAAAACAUUUGUAUUUAUUUUAA